GUUGGUUGUUGUCAGAUUGUGCACUGAAGAAUUGUCAGCAGCCCAUAUACAAUGUAGUUCUUUACUAGGCUAAGUGGAAUUAGCCGUUUAGGACGGCUCAUAGAAAUGUAUACGUUUUUUCAGCCAGAAAAACAAUUAUAAAAUAAAAUAACGCAUUUUAUUAAAGUAAUUCGUUUGGGAAAACUUAACUAUCAUCACAAAAGAAAGUAGCUCACAAGCUAGCGAGUGUGCUAAAGCAAAAGUAUUUGCACACAAACUUUAUUUUUUGACUGCUAAUCGGACGAAAACCUUUGCUGGAGUAUCAGCUCUAGGAGUUUGCGAGAUUGGUGAACUUUUUAAAGACUUUUGAAAGCACAAAGCGACGGUGGGGAUGUCGUGUCGGAAUGGAGUGGCCCGGGUGGGUAAUCAAGGACUGCAGCCCCUCCGAGCCACGGUCCCGUUUCAGCUCCAAAACCGUCCAGCACCGCGCUGCAAAGACACCAGGACAGCCGAGUACAAGAUGAAGGGUCGGCCGCCGAAGCCAACCUUACGACGGACAUUGUCUCUGGACACUCUGGUGGGACCGUAUCUUCAGGGCAACUGGCCUAGAGACCCAGAGUGUCAGCCUGUUACCUGUGUCAAUGACAAGGCCACACAGACUCCCAGUUCCUGGAUAGAGGAGACUCGGGGGCGGAGAGGCAGCAGCGGUCACAAGCGUUCUGCAUCAUGGGGUAGUGCUGAACACCUCAGAGAGGUUGCUAAACUUCGACAGUCCUUACAGAAACGCUCCAGACAUGCACCUCCUGCCAUGGACUGUGACCAGACACACCAACACAUACACAACAGCCAAACACACUCACCUGGAAGUACACAGACGAUGCCUCUGAUUCCACUGAGCCGAUUGGCCCCCCGACUGAGACGCAGUGUUGAAGGACUGAACCUGGAGCUGGAGGGCGUCUUUGUGUCUGAAACGGCAAAGUCACAGCACAAAAUUCUGGAUGUACCUGAUGGCCACAGAGCCCCCGUCCCAGCUCAAAGGUACAGCAGCGCUUCACAGAGCGACCCUUCUCCUGCCCAGCUGUCCCCCUCACACUCUCCCUGCCCCAUCACAGACACCGAUGCGGUUCUGUGCGGGCCGCUCUGUCUGUCUUCCUCCCCUCCUCUAUGUAUGUCUGAGCCAUCAUCAUCUUCUCCUCGUCCCAACAAGACGUACGUCUUUCAGAGAGAACCUCCAGAGGGCUGCGAGAGAGUACGUGUGUCUGAGGAAGCCAUCCUUCUGUGUGAUGGAAAUGCUCCUCUUCAGCCUUCCUGUCCUGACCCUAACAAGGUGAAUUUCACACCUCACGGUGGCUCCGCCUUCUGUCCUGUCAGUCUCCUGAAGCCCCUCCUCCCUUCAAUGGACCUGUUAUUUCGUGGCCUGUCUGUUUCACCCGUCACUGGUUGUUCGGCUCAAAGUGCUGCCCCCUGUCAGACUCCUGUGGGUGGCUAUUUGAGCGGCACCCUCCCGGAUCCUACCACCACCUCUCUGUGAAAGGAGGACAUUCUUGACGAGGAAAGAAAAACUAAAGAUUGUUAUACCUUUGUCCCAUCUCAUCGGCGACUUUGGCAUUAAAGCGUCUCAAAAAGAAUAAACUGCUCAUGCCAUCCACGCGGUAUCUGAUUUGUUUUGAUCGGCACAGAGAGGGAAAAAAAUCCAAAACAUCAUAGUCCAAAACUAUGGUGGACUCUCUCCAGUGUGAUUUGUCUGCAACCUUUUGACCUCAGGACACUCCACUUGGCACUUGUGAUCAUUUCUUUUCACGUUAUAGCAUUGAACUAUUGCUAUAUUUUUUCUAAUUUCUAUAAAACAAUACCGAUGACUA